AGAGGCUUCAGCGCAACGGCUGCCCCGUCCAAGGACCAUCAUUUCGACACGCUGAAGUUUGUGCAGCGAUUGAAGGACGAGGGGUUCACGGAGGAGCAGGCAGUGGCCAUGAUGAAGGUCCUCAGCGACGUCAUCGAGGAGAGCAUCCAGAACCUCACGCGCACCAUGGUCCUCCGCGAAGACCAGGAGAAGGCGACCUACACGCAGAAAGUCGACUUCGCCAAACUGCGCUCCGAGCUCAUGACGGCCGAUUCCACCGAGUCGUCGCUCACGCGCGCCUCCCACGAGCGCUUGACAAACGAGCUGGCAAAGCUGAACUCGCGGCUCCGCGACGAGAUACAGCGCACGCAGGCGUCUGUUCGGCUGGAUCUCAAUCUCGAGAAGGGGCGCAUACGGGAGGAGGCCAACGUGCAGGAGCUCAAGAUCAAGGAGACGGAGACGCGCAUCGAGCAGGAGACAGCGCAGCUGCGCGAGAGGCUCGAGGCAGUCAAGUUCUCGACGCUGCAGUGGCUGAUGGGCGUUUGCACGGGCACUGCGGCCCUCAUGCUCGGUGUUUGGCGUUUGCUGAUGUGA